AUGCUCUCACCCAAUCCAAUCGUCAAGUGCGGAGCACAAGAGGUUUCAUUUGACAAUUUUGUUGUGCUUCGGAAUCUGCACUGGCAUUUUCAGAUGGCAGAGCUGGACCGAUUUCGCUCUCUUCGCAAUGUUUGGAUCGAUUGUCCGUUUGCACCUUUGAUGUGGCCCAAUUGGAAGGAUUGGGUUGGCGAAACACUUCAAUCAUGGCUCAUGGAUAUGGCUUCCUUUCAAUGUUCCCGUCCAAGAGACAAGGUCUACGCGCUAGUAGGACUUACCAGUCGACAAUCUCGAGGGCAGAUUACAGUUGAAUAUGACGAGGGAGUCAUGUCAGACAGAGCGGUAUUCUUGGAGGCUACACAAGUUUGUUUUCGCGAGGUUGGGCUUCUACCAUUACAGCAAGGACAGGUAGACAAGGUUAAUUCCCUUCAAUUACCGUCUUGGUGCCCUGAUUGGGGUUCAAGAGCUGUCUGUGUGCCAUUUGUCGGCUUCGGAUUUUGUCCUUUUCCAACAACUGGCUCUUUUCACCCACCAGACGAUAGCUGGUCAUCUUGGAAAGAUAAAACCAAUAAGCCAGUUUUAGAGUUUUCCGACGACGGAGAAACCCUCCUUACUCAUGGGUUUAUUGUCGAUAUUGUUGAUUACGUCGACGAGGUUGGGACUUUGGAAACUCCAGAAGUGCCAGUGUAUACGGGCACCGAUGAACAGGGUAGGGAAAAUGCUAGGAAAAAGCGACUGGAGACUACAAAAAAGGCUUGUCUACGCUGGGAGAAGCACCUUCACAGCGUCCAGGAAACAGGUUCUCCCAACUUCGCCAACGAUUACCAAGAAGCAUUUUGCAGAACACUCAUAGCAAACAGGAAUUUCAACAAGGAGGAAGCCGAAUGGAAUACAAAGCAUAUUUUUGAUACCUGGGUAGGAAGGGAGCACUCUCAUGACAGCCAAUUGGUUUCGGAGUCGGUGAGGCAAGAGGACGUUCAAGACUACAGCAACUGCGUCGUUAGCCGCUGUGCAAAACGGACAUUCAUCACUACGGUGAAUGGGCGGUUUGGACUAGCACCACAAAAGGCGGAAAAGGGAGAUUUAGUAUGCAUUUUCUAUGGGGGAGAAGUACCAUGUAUCCUACGAAACCAACAAGCUGGCUUCAAAGAAACGCUUAAGAGCUUUAUUGGAGAGGCCUACAUUCACGGAAUCAUGCAAGGAGAAUAUAUUCAGACAGCUGAAAGCGAUGAAUUUACAUCAUUUAGGCUGAUAUAA